UGUUUUUCCCGCCCUGCGCGUCACUGGCUGUCUGACUGAUGGAUUUCAGCUAGCGAUGGAUGCUUACAUCAGCUGUGAGAGGUUUUGACAGAGGGGAUUUGGCUGGUUUUGGACACAGAGUCCAGUGGGCAGAUAUGGUGAGGCACAGCAUAACGACGGAGUUGCAAACCUUCCAGCAGUCUCUCCAGGAGAAGUCCCUGGCUGUGGGCCAAGUAGGGCAGAGCUGCGGGGGAACUCAGGAGAACGGGGUCGCUUCAGAGGAGAGACAGCACGUUUCACAGGGUCCAGCAGAAAUUGAGAAAAGCCAGCCAGUGAAUAUCCCAGAUGCAGCUAAAAGAAAGAAGAAGAAAAGAACUAGAGCAACAGACAGCUCCACAGGCACUUUUGAUGAUCUGUACAAACUGACAGAUGAGGUGCUCGGUCAGGGGGCUUAUGCUAAAGUCCAAGGAUGCAUAAGUCUGCAGAAUGGACAGGAGUUUGCUGUGAAGAUCAUAGAAAAGAGUGCAGGGCACAGCCGCAGCAGAGUCUUUAGAGAAGUGGAGACUCUCUACCAGUGUCAAGGAAACAACAACAUUUUGGAAUUGAUCCAGUUCUUUGAAGACAGCUCCUGCUUUUAUUUGGUCUUUGAAAAGCUGCGUGGCGGCUCCAUUCUUACACACAUCCAGAACCGGAAGUACUUUGAUGAGCUAGAGGCCAGUAAGGUGGUCAGGGACAUUGCCCAAGCUCUUGAUUUCCUACACACUAAAGGUAAGUCAACAUCCAAACCGCUAUCCUAUGGAUGUCCAAAUAGAAUAGCUGUGGAUUUCUUUUAUUUAUGUAUUUAUUUAUUUUUUGUCAUGGUGACAAUGUGCUUUUCUGCAGGCAUUGCCCAUAGAGACCUUAAGCUGGAGAACAUCCUUUGUGAAUACACAGAUCGGGUGUCCCCAGUAAAGAUCUGUGAUUUUGACUUGGGAAGUGGAGUGAAGCUUAGCAGUGCCUGUACGCCCAUAACUACUCCAGAGCUCACCACACCGUGUGGCUCAGCAGAGUACAUGGCUCCAGAGGUAGUGGAGGUGUUCACUGAUGAGGCCUCGUUCUACGACAAACGCUGUGACCUAUGGAGCCUCGGGGUCAUCCUCUACAUCCUGCUGAGCGGCAGCCCCCCCUUCACAGGCCACUGUGGCACCGACUGUGGCUGGGACCGGGGAGAAACCUGCAGAACCUGCCAGAGUCACCUGUUUGAGAGCAUCCAGCAUGGCAAGUAUGAAUUUCCAGACAAGGACUGGGAUCACAUCACAGAGGGGGCCAAGGAUCUCAUAUCCAAGCUGUUGGUUCGGGACGCAACUCUUCGCCUCAGUGCUGCUCAGGUCCUCAAGCACCCUUGGGUGCAGGGGAACGCUCCAGAGAGAGGUCUUCCAACUCCUCAUAUUCUACAGAGGAACAGCAGCACCAAGGACCUGACCCAGUUUGCAGCAGAAGCCAUCGCCUUUAACCGGCAGCUAUCCCAGCACGACGAGCAGCAGGAGGAUGUCGGAGGAAUCGUCUGCUCCAUGAGGCUUUCUCCUCCUUCCAACUCCAGACUGGCCCGCAGACGGGCGCAGUCCAACGCCCUGCGCACCACGGACUUCGCACCCGCUUCGGACGACCUCACAGCCUAAAGGACGUGUGUGUGUGGCCUUGUAGUAUCAGAAGAGACUAACUGUUCUUGGUGUUAAAGCUCUUUCCCAUGGCCAGUAAUCUUAUCACCUAGAGAGAGUUUAAGCACCAAGGGGACAGUUAAUCGUCGGCUACCACCUCCUAAUUGAAAACAUAGUUGAAACUCUUGAGAUUUGUCCAGGAAAUGUUUUAAGCUGCCUGAGAACAACUUUCAUUUGAGAAUAGCUUUGGGUUAUAUUUUAGGCUUAGUCUUAACAGAGUUGUUUAUUUUCUAUCCAAUGAUUUUAAUAUGUACAUGGAUUACCCCAAUACAGCAGAGACCGCUCUUAAUGCCAGCAGUUUAUAUUGAGUAUCUAAACCGUACAUAUCAUGAUCAACACAGCAUUACGUGGGCUCAGCACAGGUUUGCAGCUGUUGCUGUCCUAAUGCAAUAUCUCAUUUUGAUAGAUUUUAUUUAUCUUGUGCAACUGUGAAUUGGUAAAUGUUUCUCAGUUGCUGGAGGGAAAGGGAUGAGUUAUCUUUUAUGUUUGCUUUUUUUUCAAGUAUGUCAGUGUAUGUGAUUUGAAGUGUGUGGAUGUACUGUAUGUGGUUUAAACGAUAAAAAUGGGACUACACUUAGAGGAGACUGUCCAUCUCUGGAAAAGGGCUUUUCUCCAUUUUAACCCUUUUUUAAAGUCAUUCUUGUCGAUGCUACGUAAAACUUCCAGAAAGUGCAAGAAUGUGAAUGGAUGUUGAAGUUAGAGGAGACCCUUUGAUCAAAUAGUUUUGUAUUUCCUUCCAGUUCUAGCUUUCACUUCAACACAAGUUACCUGUAGCACUGAUGUACUUUAAAAUAAGUCACUUAUUUAGUUUAUCUGAAAGGGAGAAUAUUAUAUUGGAAAUAAUCAGUUUGGUCUAACAAUGUGAAAUCCACACCUGCAGUAAUUAUCUUUUAAGGGGUUUUAACUUUUUAUCCUCCUUAGAAUCUGACAUUACCUUUUUUUUUUUUUGUCUUUGCACGUUUGUUACUGUACCGACGUAACACCCUCCCAAAAAGACUUAGUCUUAGUUUCUAAUUGUCUUAUUGAUUUGAUAUGUCAGAGUGUUUUUAGUCUGAAUGACUUGGAUUUUGCAGAAUUUAGUUUUGGUUGUAUGUAGCUAGUAAGACCUACAGAGGUUUUAUGAAUAGUAAUGUUACGCUUAAGAUGUAUGUUGAUGUAAGUGCUGUAGUAAAAUAGAGGAUUCCAAACAGGUUGAAAGGGAUUUAUUUUUAUACAAGUAUUUGUAUAUUGUUUAGUUUUGUAGUUUUGGUUCUGUGACUGGCUCUGAAUGUGCCAAGGGAAAGAAUAAUGGACUAACCAUGCUAAGACUUCUUAAGUCCAUCAAGUUCCUUUUGAUCUUUUUUUUUUAAUUUUAUUUCUUAAGAAACAUUUUUAAUUCUAUUUUUUUAUGGACCCCGUCAAUGUUUGAAUGGGGUCACCGAUGGCAGUCUAUCACCUCUGUUUUCCCUAACCCUAUUAACGUCAUGUGUUUCCCGCUUAAUGACACAUCCCCUGAUUUCACACUGUUGCCAUGGACACCCCAUCCCUAUAGCAACAAAGGUCCUUCAUAGGCUGGAAGGAAUUGUCAGAGAUUUGCUCAGAGCGAAUACAAACAUUAGUAUCCAACCACUUGCUACGUUUAAGCCCUCUCUCUCCCAUUACGAAUCAUAAAAGGACUUGUUUGUUUCCCCCCCCCCCUUCAUUAUGUAAUGGCAUCAAAUGAGAUACAGUAAUUUGUGUGCAAUUAUGGACUCCCAUUGAAAUUUGUCAAAGCUCUUAUGGGGUCUAAUGCAUAAAGCUCUCAGUGUGGAGCAUGUUUUCACUGGCAUGCUGUGUUCUCAAUAAAAAGAUCCUUAACAUCUCCUGUCUAA